AUGUACAGUUCGAAUGAAUUCCUGCACAGCGCGGGCGUGAGCCGGCACAUGCAGGCGACCGGCGAGACACCUUCGCAGAAAACGAGCAUGAAGCGCCGCUCGUGCGAAGUGCCUCUAGGGGACAUAUCGUCCAACAACUUCAAAGUGUCGCUGGGCGACAUCACCAACGAGGGCCCCAACUACGACUGCCGGUCGCUGCGCUCGAUAAAGUCCGAGGACACGCGCUCGUUGAGAUACUACAGGCCCAUUGACAGCCGGAGCGUGAAGAACUUCAGGUCCUCCCUGGCUGAUGUGUCCACUUGCUCCCUUUCCCGGCCGCCUAGCUACGACCAGCUGUCGCGGCGCUCCCUCGUAGAGGGUCCGGACGCUCACGGCAUCACCUCCAGCAUAGAGGGCGUGCUAUGGUCCGACGAAGAGGAGAACGAGUACUUCUACCACGAGAACGUGACGACUGCGUGGAACCAAGGUCGGUAU